GUCUUAGCCAAUAGCAGUAAAAAAAAUAAAAUGGUUAAUUCCAAAUUUUGUUUGUUAUUUGUAUUUUUGGGAUUGAAGUUGUCCGAAAACGAAAAAGUUAGUGACAUGAAUUCCGACGAUAAGUUAUUUUCCGUUAAAUUCGAAAUAUACGGUAGAGUUCAAGGAGUAUUCUUUAGAAAGUACACCCAGAGCGAGGCCACAAAACUGGGCGUCAAGGGCUGGUGUAGGAACACAGACCGAGAUACAGUUGAAGGCACGUUGGAAGGCAGUAAAAAGCGACUUAACGCGAUGAAGCACUGGUUGCAAACCAAAGGCAGCCCUAAAUCCAGAAUUGACAGAGCUGUGUUUCAAGAUGAACAUGAAAUAGAGGGGUUCACUUUUGAUGGGUUUACGAGUCGUUCGACUGUACUGGUGAGCGAGUUUCAUCGCACCAACCAACUCAGCCAUAUCUUUGGAUAGCACCUUGUGCGCCAUCUCGACCUCUCUCUGCGCGGCGCACGGGAACGCCCCAACUAUGUCGUCGACGCUGGCCAGAAGCGACCGCAACUCUAGUCCCACCUUCUUCACCAAGUCGAGGUACUG